AUGAUCGCGUGUCCUGUAUCAAUUCUAGACCAGCGUGAAAAAGCAUUUAGUCUAGUUGCUACAAUCUUAGCUUGCUGUUUUACAAAAAGCAGCGAUGGCAACCAGUUAAGCAGAGUCCUGAAUGGUGCACUUUCAGAAAAAUUUGGAAUAAAAUCUGGCGUACGUCAAGGUGAUUCUCUAUCGACGCUCCUAUUCAAUCUGACUCUACAUGCAGCUAUCAACGAAAUAGAUCAAGGUGACGAAAACCGUGAUAUUAACAUGCACUCCGAAGACGACAUCAAACGCCAAAGACUUAUAUAUAACGGUGAUCAGAUCUAUUCAAAUAUAUGGUCAGGUAAAUGGUGCAUUAAGGAUGAGCAUAAACUCUUGUCGGAGUUAGGAAACUUAACAGCAAACAGCGCCACAUCUUAUUAUGAUACUCAUAACGGAUUUUCUACUCCAGCAACGGGAAAUACAACUGACUCAAUAUUGUACGAUAGUAUAACAACAAUAUCACAAAGUCAAGGUUCAUUAUAUACGCCACCAAUUGGAGCACCACUAGGCAGUGCUACCCUUACCCCUUUGGUGCCCAUUAACAUGCAAGAUCUGAAACUUAAUCCAAAUUCCCAUGACCAGAAUUCGUCACCUUUUUAUACAGCUAUUGCCAUAGAAAAUAGUCACUAUACUACUUUAGCACAUAUGGAUAAUGUAAUUAGCUCCCCAAAUACACAACCCUCCUCAAAUAUAGUAACAAAUUCAAUGGAGGUCAUCAGUGACUUGGGUGUAUCUCCUCCAGGACUUAUUGCAAUAAUUGAUGAAAAUAAUUCAACAGUAAAUAGUCGGCAAAGCAACAAAUCUGCAUCAAUAAGUGCAAACAAUAGGUCUGAAUCUACGCGAUUUUCAAAAUAUAAAAAUAAUGUGAUAAAUGAAAUCGAUCGAAACACCACAUCGGAACAACAGCAACAACAUGUACACCAAAAUCAAGUUGACCAUCACUCACACCUACUACAGCAACAAGAGCAACAAAAGCAUACAACGAACACAGUAGACAUACCCGCUAACAAUAAUAACGAUUUAGAUAGCUCCAACGUAAAUGGCUCACAGAACCCGCAACAUCAUCACAGUCGGCAGCAUUCACAGAACACUUCGACUCCUCUUAUAUAUUUACCGGCAACUAAUAACACACAUACGCCUUGUAUCCCAUCAGCGGAAGUUGCUAGUAGCACUAGUAGCUAUACGACUAUGCUGCCUAGUUUUAGUCAUUACUCUUCAGGCAAGUUCAACUCCAAUUUACGAACAUGUGGAUCAGUUGUGCCUACUAGCGACUACGCAUAUAGUACAGCAGCAUAUCAACAAUACGGUGGUGCUUAUGGAUCAUAUGGUUAUAGUUCCGGUAGCGGAUUACUUAAUUCAUCGUAUUACUACGACGGCGGCAGCAAUCAACCCGCAACUAAUAUCAAUCCUGAUAUUAGAUCGCCAUUAGCCGCAACUCGAGCGAAUUCAUUAGCGUCGGCUGCAUCUCCAACAGGCAGUGCAUGCGCUAAGUCAGAAUCAUCUGACAUUUUCCUUGUCUAG